CUCAGUUAUACUAUUUCUUCAAAAACAAAAUAGUGUCUUGCGAAAUAUAUCGACUUGUUUGCACAAUGACAUCUGCCAAGUACAUACUUAAAUCAUCAGCCUUAAUAAUAUAUCGUUCAACUGUUGUGCGAGAAGAGUGGCAUCAAUGCAACUACGCGCAGAACGGAAGCCUCCGCCCUCCCUGUCUCUCCUUCGAUCAGACUAGUUUCGUACACUGCUUGUGAAGAUAUGACAGUGUAGUUAUCUCUAAAUAUAAACACAGACCUCCGCCUUUUCAAGGAGUGUUGCUCACAUCUCUCAUUCCCUCUCUGUGUGACUAGUGCGAGGAGAGUUCUUCAGGGGAGGAGUGGUGACUUCGCUCUAACAAACGCAGCAGCGCGGUCAUCCGACGAGACAGAGAAGAGAACAGGAAAAGGUGCAUAUCGCGAAUUCCUCAAGGAUGGAGAAGGACUCACCGGUCAAGCCUUCGGUGGCCGAGUUGGCUGGGAGAUUCAAAGAUCACGCCAUACCGACACCAACUCCAAACGACCAGAGGAAGCCUGUUAAAAGGAGACCUCCUCCGUGCUCCCUGCAGCUCCACACCGGUAAACCUGACCAUGGUGAACCGGAGAAACCCAGCAUCGUCUCUCCGCACCCCCCCAAAGUCAAGAUGAAGAGUUCCAGGAGUUACCCCCUCAUCGAGAAGCUGCAGGCAAACCUAACCCUGUCGCCCACCUCUCUGCUACCCUCGCCCAAGAGUCCCGAGGUGAAGCUGGCGCCGACGCCCAUCUCCCCUGCAACGCAUUGCUUCUUUCCCACAAGCCCCUGCAGCCCACUCAGCCCCACCCUGAGGCCCCAGCUGUCCAGCGAGGAGGAGGAGCCGGUAUGCUUCGAGAGCCCGGCGGAGGGGACCCCAUUACCCAGCUUCAACAAGAGUCGAGUUCGGCUGUCCUUCAAGAGGCGUCCACCCACACGGCAGCACCGGCAGUCAUGUGUCGAGGAGGGCGUAGUCUCUGAGGGAGGGGGUGUGUUCCAAGGUAACCCAGACGUCCCGCAGGUGAACGGGGCCGAGGACCAGGUGGACCAGGUGUUUGAGCAGACGGAGGGGGGCGAGGAGACACAGGGAAGCCGCCCGUCUCACCCAGACACUCUGACAGAGACUGGAGACAAUGACAGGGACAGUGAACAGGCCAAAGAGGACAAAGUGCUGGAGGAGGAGACAGGAGAGGCAGCCCCAGCCACCCAGGAUGGGAAGGAGGAAGCUGGGGAACAGGCGCUAGGUGAGCCCCAGGCUUCAGAUUCUCUGGAGGCCAUAGAUAAGGAGGAAGGUAGCUCUUAUGGAACAAUAGGAGACAACAACCAAACAGAAGAACAGAAGGAUCCAGCACAGCCUCAGGAGACGGAAGAAAACCUCUGAACAAUGUUUACAAAUCACUGUUGAAGAAAUCAUACAAUCAGUCAUUGGAUGAGUCCCACGUUGGCACCCUACUGCUUUAUAGUGCACUACUUUUGACCAGAGCCCUGUUUAAAAGUAAUGCGCUAUAUAAGGAAGUGGGGUCGUCAUUUGGGAUGCACCCUCAUUAAUUAUGAAACUAAUUGUGAAACUGUUUUCUAAGAACACUCUUUGGACAUUCUGCAUCCUCUUGGUUCCCAGAACUAAAUCUUUCCUUUGCACCACCUGUCACAUUUUAAUGUGUCUGUUAGCAAUGUAUAGACAAUCCUCUGCAUCGCUUUGUGUACUAUCAGAUACUGUUGGGGGUGAUACUUAAUUGUUUCUGCAGCAGUUUGAAGUAAUAGUUAUCUUUAUAGUAUUUGGCCCAGGUGUCUCACCUCUCCUGGUCACGUCUCCUGGUCACCUCUCACCUGGUCAUCUC